AUGGAUUCUCUACACCAUCGGUUAGACAACCUCGGCGCCUCCAUCCAAGAGUUGAUGAGACUGGGCGGCACUCCUGGUUUAAGUCUUUCGGUAGCGACCAAAGGACAGCCCAUUUAUCACGCGAGCUAUGGCGUUCGAGACCUGGAAACGGCAUUGCCGGUAACCGAAAAUACCAUAUUCCCAGUAUGCUCGCUUGCAAAGACCGUGUCUGCCGCCGCCAUGGGUAUCUUGGUGGAACAGGGGGUCUCUUCAUGGGAGAUGUUGGCCAAAGACGCCGUCCCAGGAUUCAAACCCAGAGAUGAGACUCUAGAAAAACUUACAACCUUGGCCGAUCUCUUCAGUCACCGCAGCGGCAUGUCAUCUUGUGGAAAUUUGGUCAUGGGUUGCGAGGGUAACGUUUUGAUCGGCAGAGAUGACUGUUUACGGGUGGUCAAUAAUCAAGUUCUGGUACCUGCGCAGCUUGGUUCUUUCGCAUACAACAGCACGGCAUAUGACCUCUGUGGCGAGGCUAUUGAGAACCUCAGUGGGAGCUCCAUGGACGAUUUCAUUCAGGCGCACAUUUUCAACCCUCUUGGCAUGGACAGGACCUUCCUAACCUCUCCGCCUGACGACAUCGACGAUGUCUCCAAAUCAUACAACGCCCUAGACGAUGCCACUCCAGUUCGCAUACCGAGUCCAAAGUUGGGGGACAACGGAGUUGGUGGUGCUUCCGGUGGUCUGCGAUCCUGCGCUUCUGACCUGAUCAGACUCUACAGUAGUUUCUUGACGAGCUUCAACCACGAGUUCGAGACGGACCAAACGUUGACGCCCGGAUCUCCGCUCAAGCAAGUCUCCCAUCUUAUGUCUGCCAAAGUCCCCAUGUUCAAAACGGCGAGGAACGAGAUAUCCUACGGCUUAGGAUGGGCUCGAGUGCAGCUUCCAAACACCUUGGGUCAUAUUGGUCUCAACGGCCGGCUCAUGCCCGGGGGGAUGCCAGUAGUGGGACGAGGAGUACCCAGUCAACUGGUUCUAUAUCAUCAAGGAACUCUACCUGGUGCGCUCGCCGUAGUGCUCUUGGUUCCCGAAACGGAGAGCGUCAUCUUGGUUAUGAGCAAUUGUCUGUCCUUGACAGAUGUUCCUGAUUGGGUGUCUCAAAUGGUACUCGAAGUUGUACUUGGAGUCCCGGCCUUGGAACGAAUUGACUUCCUUCGCUAUGCUGAGUCUUCGAUUGCUGCGAACUUGCAGUGGCAUUCUUGCAUAGUUGGCGGCCUCGAGCAAGGGCGAUCGGGAGCUAUGGAGCCGCACAUGGAUUUGAAGCUGUACGUGGGGACUUAUAUUGACGAUAUCGGCGUUUUUAAAAACGUCGUCACGUUAGAAAACGGCAAGCUUUCGUGGGCCUUUCAAGGAUUAGACUCGGAGAAGUUCGAGCUGGCGCACUACGAUGGCGACAAAUUUACGUGGCUGCAACCAAGAAACGUGCUCUCUCGCCGAGGUCGAUGGGUCUUGGGCAAUGAUAAAGACCCUGCAUUUUGGAUCGCAGACUUUCGAUCAAAUGAACGGGGCAAUGUGACCACGCUGUUGUGGCGACAUGAUCCCACUCUGGACCCCAUAAUAUACUGGAAGCGGUAA